AAAAAAUAAAAAUUAGUCAAUAUAAUUUGUAUAAUUCCAAUAUUAAAUACAUACCAUCGAGCGAAAUUGGGCAGGUGUGUACAAUUGUUUAGCACAUGCUAAAAUUGUACUAGUUUUUCCAGUUCCCGGAGGACCAUAAAAUAACAGAGUUUCAAAAAAAAUAUGUAUUUUGUCGGAGUUGAUGUUGGCACAGGAAGUGUUCGUGCUGCUCUAGUUGAUAGAAUUGGUCGCAUAAUACAAAAGUCAACAUGCGAUAUUUUAACGUGGAAUCCUGAACCAAACUAUUACCAACAAUCCUCAGAUAACAUAUGGCAAUCUUGUUGUAAAGUCAUUAAGGAUGUGAUUAAAGAAGUUGAACCUUCAACAAUAAAAGGAAUUGGAUUCGAUGCCACUUGCUCUUUAGUUGCUAUUGAUAUUGAGAACCAUCCUUUGUCAAUUAGCAAAAAAGGGGAACAAGAACAAAAUGUAAUUUUAUGGAUGGACCAUAGAGCUAAAAAAGAAGCGGAUUUCAUAAAUCAAACUGGACAUAAAGUUUUGCGAUAUGUCGGGGGAAAAAUAUCAUUAGAAAUGGAAACUCCAAAAAUUUUAUGGUUAAAAAAUAAUUUUCCAGAGAAUACUUUUUGGAAUAAAGUUGGUUUCUUUUUUGAUUUGCCUGAUUUCUUGACAUGGAAAGCUACAAAUGCUCAUUCUAGGUCUUUAUGUACAGUCGUGUGUAAAUGGACAUUUUGUCCUAAUGUAAAAUCAGAUGUACUAGGAUGUUGGGACCAUUCAUAUUUUAAGAAAAUAGGUUUGGAAGAUUUACAUGAAAAUAACUGGCGAAAAAUUGGCAGCAAAAUUUUAGAGCCCGGUCAAUUCUGUGGAUUAGGUUUAACAGACAUAGCUGCAAAAGAGAUGGGUCUAAAUGUAGGCACACCUGUUGCUACAUCAUUAAUUGAUGCUCAUGCUGGAGGUUUGGGAAUGAUAGGCGUAGGACUAAAUAAAUCAUUGGAUAAUAAUUUAGAAAAUCGUUUAGUUAUAAUAAAUGGUACAUCAGCAUGUCAUAUGUUAGUGAGUGGUGAAGAGAUGUUUGUGGAAGGGAUUUGGGGUCCAUAUUAUGGAGCUAUGGUUCCAAAAAUGUGGCUUUUAGAAGGAGGCCAAUCAACUACUGGUAAACUUCUCGAUCAUAUCAUUUACACACAUCCAGCAACAGAAAAACUCAACAUUCCUAAAAAUACGCGGAUAGAAGAUUACUUAAAUGAAAUAAUUGUUAAAAUGGCUAUUAAAAAAGGUUUAAAAUAUGUGGAUUACUUAACUGAAGAUUUUCACAUUUAUCCAGAUUUCCAUGGAAAUAGAUCACCUAUUGGAGAUUCUAGUCUUAAAGGAAUGAUUGUUGGGUUAUCAUUAUCUGUCGAUGAAGAAAAUUUAGCAGUAAUAUAUUUAGCAACAAUACAAGCUAUUUGCUAUGGAACAAAACACAUAAUUGAUUCAUUAGAGAAAACAAAUUCCAAAUUAAAAGUGAAUGAAGUACUUUUGUGUGGAGGAGUAAGUAAAAACAAAAUAUAUUUACAAACUCAAGCAAACAUAGUCACAUUACCAGUAUGGACGUCAAUAGAAAAUGAUCCAGUUUUAAUUGGAUCAGCUAUGCUUGCUGCAACAGCUUCUAAAGAAUAUAAAUCUCUACAAGAAACAAUUACUAGAAUGGCUAGUGAUGGUCAAAUAACACAACCUUUAAAAAAUACACACGAGUAUCAUAAUAGGAAAUACAUGGUUUAUCUAGAAAUGUUGAAGAACCAACAAAACUACAGGGAUAUUAUGUCAAAUUAAACAUUAAAAUUUAUUACUUAAAAUAGAAUACUUAAUGUCGACAAAGUAAAACAGUAAAAUUAAAAAAAAAAUUUCAUAAUUAUAAUCUUAUAAAAAAAUGUUAAACUUUGUAAUUUUUUAAUGGUUUUGAGGCUAAUCUAGAAGAUCGUCUUAAAGAAGCUGCACUGCUAUUUUUUUUGUUUGGUAUGUUAUUUGUUUUCUGUAUAUUGUGAGGUGUAGCAACUCUAGAUUGAACAUGUUUUAAAAUAUCUUCAUUAUCAUCACCUACAAAAACGCAAAAAAAAAAAAAAAUUAGUUACAUGAAAUUAUUUUAUUUUUUGUACUUACAAUUAAAUGAAUUUUGAGGGGUUACAAAAUCAUCAUUAAUUUUUUUUGGAGAUUCAAAGUGUAUAUUUCUACGUUUGACUCCUUUUUCUUGAUCAGAUUUUUUUAGAGCCGGUUUUAAUGGCGAAAUAUGUGGUUUAGCUAGAACUAUUGGAGUCAUUCCAGAUCUACGAGCAACAUAUGAUA